AACCAAAGAAGAAUAUUCCGGAGGGAUCUCACCAGUACGAGCUGCUGAAGCAUGCCGAAGCCACACUGGGAAGCGGUAACCUCCGGAUGGCCGUUAUGCUUCCAGAGGGUGAAGAUUUAAACGAAUGGGUUGCAGUUAACACUGUCGACUUCUUCAACCAGAUCAAUAUGCUUUAUGGAACCAUUACGGACUUCUGCACAGAGGAGAGCUGCCCCGUGAUGUCUGCUGGCCCAAAGUAUGAGUACCACUGGGCAGAUGGGACAAACAUAAAGAAACCAAUUAAGUGCUCUGCACCGAAGUACAUUGAUUACCUGAUGACUUGGGUCCAGGAUCAGCUGGAUGAUGAAACGCUAUUUCCUUCUAAAAUAGGCGUACCGUUCCCAAAGAAUUUCAUGUCAGUGGCAAAGACAAUUUUGAAGCGUCUCUUCCGAGUUUAUGCUCACAUUUAUCACCAGCACUUUGAUCCAGUGAUCCAGCUCCAGGAAGAGGCACACCUUAACACUUCUUUCAAGCACUUUAUAUUUUUUGUUCAGGAAUUCAACCUUAUUGAUAGAAGAGAACUUGCACCACUUCAAGAACUGAUUGAAAAACUCACCUCUAAGGACAGAUAAAAGGAAGAGGAUUUUUGAAGUCACUUGUUCCUUUAAGCAAGCGUGUGGUAUUUUUUUGUUAAUUUGUUGUUUGAUUUUUAAAAAAAAAAAAAAAACAAAAACAAACAAACAAAACAACAAAACCUGUGCUGUUAUUAAUGACAGCCAAGUUCUACUUUCUGUGCUUUUAUUAGGGGAAAUCUUUUAUCUGUUAGUGACACGUGGUAAAUAGC